UUUGAUCUCACCUACACUACGAGACAGGAGGUCCAGCGGAGACAACACGAGAGAUAAGCAGUUCCAGUACAUCAUCCUUAUAUGUCUUACGAUGUUCGAUAUCCUACAUGGUUCCCGUGAGAUAGAUUAUAUAUGAUAUCAAAUUCAAGGAAUCGAGAAAAGGACAAAGAAAGGUUUGUCGAGAGAGAGAGAACAAGUCAAGAAAAUGUGGGAUGAGUGAAAAAUCCAAAAAUAUAUGUGGUUCGUGAAGCGUUUUCCUCCAGUUAGAAAACCACUGUAAUUUUAACUGUGAUACUGCGGUUGUCUGGUUACCUGUUAAUCAAGACUCUAUAAAGGUCUGUUCAGUGAGCGUAAAUGCAACCUAGUAUUUAUGGAAAUGUGACUUACAUGUAGGUCUUUUUUGUGAUGGCCUACAGUACAUUGUUGUAAGAAGAGAGCAAAAUAUCUUCAAGUAUUUGAGUUUCUUAGGGUCUGUGACGGAGAUGGAGAAAAUGUUGUGAAGAAAAAUCCACAUGACUGUGAGAAAACAGAAAGGAGAAAGUGAGAAAGAGAAAAUAUAAUACUUAAACUUUCAAAGUGAAGAAUUAUAGCCACAGUAACUACAGUGAAAGGAAACGAAAAAUAAUUGUUGUAUAACUGCACACUAAUUAGAAUCCACUCAAGUCUGUGAAGAAAAGGAAGCUCUCAGUGUGAUUGUUUUCCCUUCCUAAAACCAGUCUGUGAAGCAUUCUUAUAUAAUCCAUAAAAGAAAGAAAGAAAACGUAGGAAAAAGAGGUUUGAGUCCAGAAAGAAGAGAAGAAGAUUCUAGUCUACAACCAAAUCAAGGUUAAAUAAACACAAAGAAACAAACGAAAAACAAAAUUAAAAAGAAAGACAGACCACUACAUACGGAAAAAAUCCCGUCCCUUAUUUUGUCACUCAUUUCCCCAGUUAAUUUCUAUCCAGUCUCUCCUCUCUCUAAACCGGCAAGAUGAUGAGUUUCAAGCAGUGGCUGGUGCUACUGGGCCUCUACACCAUCUACAUGCUCAUUGGCGCCGCCGUGUUCAUCAGCCUGGAGAAGGACAAUGAGAUGGAGGGAAGAGAGGAGCUGCUCAGCCUCAAGGGACGCGUGAUAGACUUCGUGGAGGGCCUGGACAACGAGAGCCGGCCGGGCGCCGAGGUCGUCCUCGAAGACGUGGGUGGCGUCUGCGGCCACGACUUCCUGUCGGCGAAGGACGACGAGCCACUCACCUGGUCGCUCUGGAACUCCUUCUUCUUCACCUUCACCGUCAUCACCACCAUAGGUUUCGGCCACAUGUCGCCCGCCACGCCCUGGGGCCGCGUCUUCUGCAUCGUCUACGCCCUCUUCGGCGUCCCCCUCAACGGCAUCCUCGUGGCGGUGCUGGCCGACAUCUUCUCCGGCAAGGUGGUGAACUCCCGCGUGCGCGCGCGAGCCAAGCGCUACGAGUCGUGGGCGGGCGUGGCCACCGACACGGUGCUGUACCUGGUGCCCGGCUUCGUCGUGUUCCUGGUGGUCCCGGCGGCCGUGCUGCUGGCGGUCGAGGAGGGAUGGAGCUUCAUCGACUCGUUCUAUUUCGUCUUCAUCACUCUCACCACCAUCGGAUUCGGGGACUACGUGGCCGGGCGACAGGACCUGGACCACAUGUGGAUCUGGACUUACAAGAUCCUGAUGGUGGUGUGGAUCGUGUUCGGCCUCGGAUACAUCGUCGUGAUCAUCACCUUCAUUCAGAAGGCGCUCAAGUCGAAGAAGAUUCACCGGGUUGAACAAAAGAUCGCACGGACGCUGAAGAGACAGGCAGCCAAGAUUCACCAGAACCUCCACACGGAUCUCAAGAGGCUGCGGGAGGUGGUGACAGCUCUCUCGGUUCUUGACCACGACUCGGAGGAGAACUGCAGCAAACUCAAGCACUACGCGAGCCAGCCCACGAUUCCUCAGGGCGAGGCCGACGGCGAGGACGAAAAAGACCACUCCCCGCCCCGAUCGGCGACGUCGGAGCAGCCGUCGCCCGCCACCGAGCGUAUCAACACCUUCCGACAGGCGCUGUCCGAGGCGGCCGUCAACAAUGUGGGCAAGAAGGACCGGUUCCGCAGCCUGUCGUCUCUGGAGGACGUGGCUCUGUUCCUGGAGAUGGUGGAGUCGCUGCUUCGCGAGCACGAGGCGGGCAUCGCGAAGGAGGCGGACGACCAGGCGCAUCACAUCCUCAGCGACGUCGACUCCAGCUCUUCCGACGACGACUCCUUCGGCACGGUAACGACGGACUUCCUGCAUAAGGAGGACCUUGAGGCUGGCUUCUGCAAUCAGGCUUUCGUUGGCGACAAGGGUGAGGUCGAGGGCACGAAGCAAAAGCCGCGGCCCGACGCCGACGACGCCAGCAGAAAGGGCACGAAAGAGGAUGAGCCCUGCGUUAACCAGAGGGUGCAGCAGCGGCUAAACUCUCUCCUGAUGGAAGUAGACGCUAAGUCGACCCGAGGACUCCUGCGCCAAAAGUCACUAAAGAAAGGCGUCACUUCUUCGGGCCAGCUCCUGGGCGAGAUGGAGAGCAUCGUGUGCAAGCCCUUCUCCAACCCAGACCUCUACGUCGCCUGCGGCACCAGCGACUGCGACUCGGCGUCGAAUUUCGAUCGUCGAAGCUGCAACUCCGUCCCGGGUUGCAUCAAGACCGGCUCCACGAAAUCGUGCACGAACCUUUACGACGUCUUCCCUACGCUGCCCUCCUCGUGCGAUGCCGCCGACCACGAGCCUGCCUCCCAGCAUGACCCCGAGCAGCGAGCCGGCCGCCGCUGGUCCGUCGGGAGCGAGAGUCGCCGGCAGGAGGCCUCGCGCGACGGCCACCACGCUCCCCACAACUUCCUCGCCGGCAUCAAGCUGUCUGCGGGGAGGAGCGCCAAGGACCUGAGCUCAACGCUGUCUCUGCUCUCCCAGUGGAUUCACGGCAGCGCUCACAAGACCCAGAACCUGCAGGAAGCGGAGAAGGCGAGAGAGAAAGAGAAGGACAGCGCCAGUAGUGACGAAUCGCAGGAAGCCACUAAACCUCAAUACACGCGGUUGUAAUUGUAUAUUAAGAUAUCUUUUUUUAUUUAUGAUACUUUGUGGAUCCAAAGUAGUACAAAAAUCAUAAGCUUAAGUCAAGCAAUACGUCUUAUUAAUCAAAUAAAUAUAUGAAGAACCAUAAUACUGCAGUGUGUCACUAAAUAGUCAUAUAGCAUGUAUUUAGUCAGGGUGGGACCUGCAAAGUCAUAUUUCUAUAACGGAUUUCCAAAAGAGCGUAAAUUCCAUGAACAGGUCCUCAUUCUGAGAAACAUCGAUUUUCUUAUCAAUGGACUAAUUAUCAACUAAUCAACUGUAGCUGCAAUGGGCGGAACCAACAGCUAAGCACAAGGAGAAGGUUGCAGAGCCAAGUCGCGACGGCGUACAGGAGGCGUGUCAGAUGUGAUUUCAUCUUCCAUGGAGCCCCAUUCCCACUAAUGGAGGGUUUUAGGUGGUGGGGCUCCCCAGUAACGACAAAAUAGAUACAUAAAAAUUCCUUAGAAUAUAUCAUACCCUCUCCAUCCAUAAGGUCUAGGAUCGUCACUAUUUUUGCUUAGUACCUGCGUAGCCUAAAUUUGACGGAUUUCAAGAUGUGGAUCUUGUUUAGAGAAUUAUCCUAAAAGAGAAUUAUAAACUAAUUGCCAGUGUUAAUCCCAGUGCGUUUGCUUUUAAAAUAGUGUAGUUUCCCCUGAAUCAAUAGGCGGUUUCUGUCAAUUUACGUUUUUUUUUAUUAUAUUUCGGUUUGCGUUCUAUACACACAAUAAAUAGAUGUAAUGCAGACACGCACAUAUUUUUUAUCAUGUUUCUGUAUAUGGCAAAGGGAAUACAUUUUAUAAC